AUUUGAUUCCAGCGCGUGAGGUUGAUAAACGGCCACCGUAUUAUUUUGCGCGCUGUAUAUACAUCUAGUUGGACGGCAGUUCAAAUUCAUACAGCUAUUUAACCUACAUGUAGUGCUUAAUCUGUCGCCUUUUUUAUUUUUGUUUACUUGACUAGGACUUUUUACGAGUUUGUGCUACUUUUUCGUAGUUUUAGAAAGUGAUUACACCUUAACUGGAUUAAAUGGUGAAAUGAUAAAAAUUAAUUGCAGUGUUGGAUAAUUGAAAGCGACCAUUUGUAAAUUAUCGCCUUAAUUGGAGGUGGACACUUUUAAGGAUUAACGAGGUCGAGUCGGAAAAAGGGAACGGACGUCGAGUGGAUUUGAAUAUCUUGAGGGGUCCAUCAUGAAGUCUCUCCAACCGAUUCCAGAUGACAACGACGAUAUCUUCGGCCCUCCAAGAACCUACCCCAAUGGCUUCACACCUCCAAAAAACCGCCCAUCAAUGAUAUCAGCCAAAUAUCGCCAGAAGGAAGAACGUCGGAAGGUUCUGAAAAUCAGCAUGAGCAAACUGAAGAAGAUCGAAGACCCGGAAGCUAGCCUGCGUAGAUCGGUCCUCAUCAACAAUACCAUGAAGAGGUUGCAACAAGAAGCCAAGGAAGAGAAGAUUCAGAAGCAGCAGCUGAACUACCCUAGGAUUUGUGAAAGUGAGAAUUUGGUCAACCUGAAAAACGAGUUCAUAAAAAACGAAGUCAAGUCUAGCGAACACAAAGUGUCGAAUAAAGUGAUCGAGUUUCUCGAGAAUGACUUCGAUAAAAAGUUGGCGGAAGAAAUAGAGACAGUGAAAGCGAACAGCAUUGGAGUGCUCCAGAAUCUUGAGGAAAGCAUGAAGGAUCUCGACAGUCCCAUUUCUAGUUCCACAGAUGAUGUUAUGAACGAUCGUUUCGCCAGUAGGAAGAGAUCGUUUGAUGAAAUCGACGACUGCGAUGUACAAGAUGUUUUGUCACAAUUCUACAUACCACCUACCCCUAGAAUGUUGACUUGCAUAGACGAUGACGAUGAAAUUUGUGUCGUUAACGAUGAACCAAGUGCAAAACGCCCAAAAUCGGACAGUGACCAAAGCUCUAGUUAUUCCAAAGACGCUUAUAGUGAAGUAAAUGUGGAGUUCAAACCGUGUCAAGACUAUGCAUCGAGUAGUUUCAACAAUAAUAAUGACUCCAGGUUAAGGUUCAACAAUCAAAACGACGACCAUAGUUUUAGUUGUGGACAAGCCUCUAUGUUUAACGAAUUGCAGAACAAUGUUUAUCACAAUUUGAUUGCCUCUUUGGAGACAUAGCAUGAAGUUUUUUGGCAAUAAGAGAUAACCAAGAACUCCAGUUUGUGAUAAUCGCUUUCUUCCCGUGGAAAAAGAAAGAACUACCGAAUUUAGGUUACGAUCACUAAAGUCUUGUAAAUUAUUUUGUGUUAUAUUUUUCACUGAGCAUUAUGUACAUUAAUUUUUUAUGAUUUAUUUAGAUCGUUGAGGUGAAAUGCUUUCACCUCACCGACACCAUGGAUCUUCUAAGUGUAAACGGGUCCUUGAGAGUGCAACAUGUGUCAUUUCCUUCAUUAUCUACAGAUUUUGUUGAUGUCCUUAUCGCAAAAAAUUAGUUAUUGAAUUUUCGCUUUUGUUGUAUCUAUUUGUUGGUUAGCCAAUUGUUUAAAUUUAUUUAGUCAUGUACAAAGAUGAUUUAUUUCAAUUACAGUUUUGUUUCUGUAUUUUAUUGAAACUAAAUAAUACAAAUCAAAGUCUAGGAUUGUUCGAAAAAUGAUAUAGGUAAUAUCAUGUUGAAGUACCGAAAAUGCUUAAAUGAAAUUUGAUUUGUUCUGAUAAUAUUAUUUCCAUGCGUUUCUUCUCAAUAAGUCAACUCUCCUUGGUCAAUUUUUUCUAGUUGAGUGAAAUAAUGUUAGAUCUCAUGUUAGAUUAUAUUGACCAAAAUAGAGAAAUAUCUUAAAUCAAACUUGUCCAAGGAGAGACCAAUUUAGCUGUGAUAUUAAAUAAAUGGACAUAUUUAAACAUAGAUCAAUUCAUUAUAUAGGAAAGCCUAUUGUAGAGUGAGGAGCACUUAUUAGUUGUACAAAAUGAUAUUCAUUCCAAUAAAUCUUCUCAUUCUGUAACUGAAAUGUUUUGGAAGUAAUAAAUGACUGUAACAUCACUGUAUGUGACAUUGAGAAAUUUUAUACCAUUAUUCGAUUAUAAAAGUAAAUAAACGUUGUUCAGUAUAUUUAAA